AUAUAUGGAGAUUUGCCAAAAAAUAAAGAAAAUAUAAUAUAUUUAGCAAAUCAUCGCAGCACAGUUGACUGGAUCGUGGCUGACAUUCUGGCCAUGCAGCAGGACGCCGUGGGGCAUGUACGCUACGUGCUGAAGGAAGGGCUGAAAUGGCUCCCACUGUACGGGUACUACUUUUCUCAGCACGGAGGAAUCUAUGUGAAGCGAAGCGCCAAAUUCGAUGAGGGCAGAAUGCGGGGCACGCUGCGGAGCUACGUGGACACAGGGGCGCCGAUGUAUCUCGUGAUUUUUCCAGAGGGAACAAGGUAUACCCCAAAAGUCCUUUCCGCUAGUCAGGCAUUUGCUGCUCAGCGGGGCCUUCCAGUAUUGAAAUACGUGCUGACACCACGGAUAAAGGCAACUUACGUUGCUUUUGACUCCAUGAAGAACUACAUAGAUGCCAUUUAUGAUGUCACAGUGGUUUACGAAGGGGAAGACCAAGGACAGCAGACGGAAACUAUAAGCAUGACUGGUGAGUUCGUGUCUGCGUGUGCUAAAGCAAAUUGUGUUAUGACACAGAUGUCCGUGUCCUGUCACAGCUGACAUUUCACUAGUCCUGCCAACUGUGCUGUUCCUCGGCUG